AUGCAUCGGAAUCCAUUCACGGCAUCACCUUCACCGUCCGAAAAUGCUUCGCUGCUUGGUCGCGUGCAAAUGGUGGUAAACCAAAAGUUGGUCUCAACUCGUGCGUUGCUCACUGACUUCCAAGAGUUUAUUCAGCAGGGCAAUAUGCUCAACAUGGCAGUGGGUCUAAUUCUCGGAUCGUCUUUCUCCAGUAUCCUUAACUCUUUAGUUGUCGACAUCUUGUCGCCGAUCAUCAGCCUUUUCACAGCUCGAGGGAUUGCUAACCACUAUUGGCUUCUUCGAUGCCCGUCGACUACACGUGGAUGCUCUAGUGACUCGUGGCAAACUUGGAAGGAAGCUCGUGACGCCGGUGCCGUGACUAUCAACUAUGGAUUAUUUCUCGAGAACAUCAUGAACUUCUUCAUUAACGCCAUCUUUCUCUUCUGUGCCGUGAAGAAAGCUCUUGAGCUCGUCUUCAAACUUAAGGUGGGUGUGAAGAAACAAUGUCCAUUCUGCAAAGAGUUUGUGAAAGGAGCUGCCACGAGAUGCAAAGAGUGCGGCUCAGAUAUUAGCAGCCUUCCAAGCGUUAUGGGGCAGAUGUAG